CGGCCAUUGGCAGACAGUGGCUGAACAUACAGCCCCCAGACCUAAUGCAAUGUAUGAGAGCAGUGCACACAACCAAAAGAUACGAAAUAGAAGCCAGAAAAUUAAGACCCUCCAAACGAUACUGGGAAAUAGCAUGGCAACUAUGGGAUGAUUGGUAUACAAAAUCUGCCUCCAUUCAACAAACUACAACCAACACUGAUGAUUAUCCUCAAGCAGGAAUGCUAAAAUGA